AUGAGCGGUGUGCCAAGCUUUUCUGAGCGCAAGCAGCCAGGCAUUGUGUGCCUAUUUGAUGUUGAUGGCACGCUGACGCCCGCUCGUCAGCAGGUGUCGGAUGAAAUGCUGAAGGUGCUCAAGGCACUUCGUGAGCAAGUGGCUAUUGGCUUCGUCGGUGGCAGUGACUUGUCGAAGAUUCGUGAGCAGCUGCAACUCCCGGGACAUGAAGACAUUCUCCAGCAGUUUGACUAUGGCUUUGCUGAAAAUGGCCUGACUGCGUACAGGCUCGGUGCACAGCUUCCAUCGCAGUCAUUCAUCAACUGGCUCGGUGAAGACAAGUAUAAAAAGUUUGUCAAAUUUGUGCUCUCCUAUAUAUCGCAGCUGGACAUUCCCGUGAUGCGGGGCACAUUCAUCGAGUUCCGUAAGGGUAUGGUGAAUGUCAGUCCUAUUGGCCGCAAUGCGUCGGUCGAAGAGCGUCACGAGUUUGAAAAAUAUGACAAGGAGCAUAAAAUCCGUCAAACGUUUGUGGAAGCACUGAAGAAGGAAUUCCCCGAUUAUGGUCUGUGCUACAGCAUUGGUGGUCAGAUCAGCUUCGAUGUGUUCCCCGCCGGUUGGGACAAGACUUUCGCUCUCACACACGUGAGUCCGGACAGCUGGAAGGAAAUCCACUUCUUCGGUGACAAGACAUUUGAGGGCGGGAAUGACCACGAGAUCUUCACACAUAAAGACGUGAAUGGUCACUCUGUUACGAGCCCCGAAGAUACCAUAUCUCAGCUGCGCAACCUGUUUCUCCAAUAA